AUGGGAAAUGGGGAGUGGUAUGAUGGAAAUGGGAUUAUGAGGAAUGGGGGAGGGAUAUUGGUAAGGGGGGGGGGGGUUGAGUGGGUGGGGGGGAAGUGGGAUGUGGGGGGGGGGAUGGUGGUGGGGUUGGGUGGGAUUUAUUUGGGAGGAUGGGGGGGGGGAUGGUGGAUUGUUUGGAUGGGGGAGGGGGUGUUGGGUGUGGGUAUGGGUGGGGGUUUAUAUGGGUUUGGUGUGUUGGGGGGGUGUGGGGUGUUUUGGGUUGUGUUUGUUGGUUGUUGGUGGUUUUUGGGGUUUGGGUGGGUGGUGGUGGGUUGGAUGGGGAGUGGGGUCUUGUAUUCAACCUCAUAA